UUUUGUCACACAUUCAAAUAGAGCCAGCUGUAAAGAAAUUUGUAUGGUAUAGUGAGCCCCUCAUUCUCCCUUUUGCCUGCGCUGACUAUACGGCAUACUCAAGAGAAGUCAAGCCCGUUUCGCGCCUACAACGACAAGCAUGGAACCACUUGCAGCGAAUGAGCAUGGAGCUGGCGCGGCCUGGGCGGCUAUCAAGACGGAGGCCGCUGGCGGCAAGAAGCGCAAGCGUCUGCAGAAGAAGGCGCCUGGGGCGCCCAAGCGCGGCAAAUCUCCGUACAUCCUGUUCUCCAUGGAGAAGCGCGAGGAGAUCAAGGCCACGAUGCCCGAGAACUCCAAGGUGACGGACGUGAUGCGCGCCAUCGCUGACGCCUGGGGCAAGAUGAGCGACGAAGACAAGCAGCCAUGGAAGGUGGCAGCCGAAGCGGAUAAGCAGCGCUAUGAGGAGGAGAUGGCAGCCUACGACGGCCCUCUACGCGUACCCAACAAGCGCGCCAAGAAGCACCCGGACGCUCCAAAGCGCGCGUCCUCCGCCUUCCUCUUUUACAGUCAAGUCAUGCGUCCGCGUAUCAAGGCUGAGCACCAGGACAUGAAGAACACGGAGAUCUCCAAGCAGCUGGGCGAGGCCUGGGCCAAGGCUACGGACGAGCAGAAGGCUCCGUUUGUCGAGAAGGAGAAGGCCGACCGUGCGCGCUACAAACGCGAGAUGGAGGAGUGGAACAGCCACAAGGCCGAGCGCGAGUACAACGAGUCCCAGCAGCAGUAUAACAACUACGCGGCCAUGACGGGCUUCGACCAGAUCAGCUACACGGGCUCGUACUCGACGACGGAGGUGUAGGCCAAGCGUCCGCCAGAUCUUCCCCCGGGUUUUGCUGCCUCUUAACUUUUUUUUACGUCCGGGGGCUGCUUUGCUCCAAACAAGACGCCGACGCUCUCUGUACGCGCCGAGAGAGCGCUGGGAAACCGCGGAGCCAACCGUGCGCGUCGUCGAGCAUGAAGGAACAUCUCCAGUUCUUGUGAUUGCAUAGUGUACGUAACGUAUCCUUCCCCGACGCAUAUAUUGCCUUAAACUUUGCACGCUCGUGUCCUCCUUCCUUGUGUUCUUUCCUUGACGAACUCGCUUGGCGAGCCAAAGAAAUGUUGGCGGUAAUGAUGU